GGCUCGAGCGACGGAGGCGACGCGGCGGCUACCGGCUCUGCCGAGCCCACCCCAGGAUCGGAGGGAAGGGAGCCUGAUUGCACGUGGGGCCUCCCCCGUGGCAUACGUUGUUGUUAGGGAACUAUUCGCCCCAAAUAUGGUUUAUUGGAGACUUAGGGUUUGCUUUUCUUAUCAAGUGCGACAGCAAACUGGCUGGGUCCCCUCUCGCAUCCAAGAACCCGCAGAGACCCUGAGGGAGCCGGUUUGGGGCCCCAUGCAGGCCAAAGCAUCCCUCCGGGAAGGCGGGGUCGCUCACCUGGUAGGCGCCCCGAGAGCCCGCAGCACGGCCCGAGGUGGGGUCCACCGAUGGAACGGGAGACCACGGGCGUCGCUCAGGGAGCGGUAGCCGCGCCCCGGGCCCGCCUCAGGGUCGGCUCCGCCUCACCCCAGCAUGUGCCCCGCCUCCGGGACAGCCCAGUUUCCGAGACCUCCUAGCCUCCAAGACAGCCCCGCCGCCAGAACAGCCUCUCCUCCAGGACCGGCCAGCCUACGAGAGAGCCCCGCCUACGGUACAACCCGCCUCCGGGACCGCAGGGCUCCACCUCCGAGACAGCUCAGUCCCCAGGACAGUCCCGCCUCCGAGACGGCCCCGCCUCCAGGACGGCCCCCAACUCCGAGACAGCCCCGCCUCCGGGACCGCCCCGCCCCGCCUCCGACACGUCCCCCGCGCGCCACUGCAGAGCCUGUCCGUCAGUCCCUAGGGAUCCGCACUGCUCAGGGCAGCUGAUAGAACCAUGGCGACCAUUGCUGCUGCUGCGUUUGAGGCCCUCAUGGAUGGAGUGACAUGCUGGGAUGUCCCCAGAGGCCCCAUCCCCAGUGAACUCCUUCUUAUUGGAGAAGCCGCCUUCCCCGUGAUGGUGAAUGACAAGGGCCAGGUGCUCAUUGCUGCCUCCUCCUACGGCCGAGGCCGCCUCGUGGUUGUGUCCCAUGAGGGCUACCUGUCGCAUGCUGGCUUGGCUCCAUUUCUCCUCAAUGCAGUGAGCUGGCUCUGUCCCUGUCCUGGGGCUCCCGUGGGAGUGCAUCCAUCCCUGGCACCUCUAGUAAACAUCCUACAGGAUGCUGGGCUUGAGGCACAGGUCAAGACAGAACCAGGAGAGCCCCUAGGGGUUUACUGUAUCAAUGCCUACAAUGACACCAUGACUGCAACGCUGAUCCAGUUUGUGAAACAUGGAGGGGGCUUGUUAAUCGGGGGCCAGGCCUGGUACUGGGCCAGCCAGCACAGCCCUGACAAGGUGCUCUCCAGGUUCCCUGGGAACAAGGUGACAAGUGUAGCCGGAGUGUACUUCACUGACACCUAUGGGGACAGAGACCGGUUCAAGGUCUCUAAGAAGGUGCCCAAGAUCCCACUCCAUGUCAGGUGUGGGGAGGAUGUCAGGCAGGACCAGCAGCAGCUCCUGGAGGGGAUCUCAGAGCUGGACAUCAGGACAGGGGGAGUCCCCUCACAGCUGCUGGUGCAUGGAGCCCUGGCCUUCCCUCUGGGGCUGGAUGCCUCACUCAACUGCUUCCUGGCGGCUGCUCACUAUGGCCGGGGCCGGGUGGUCCUGGCUGCCCACGAGUGCCUGCUCUGUGCUCCCAAGAUGGGGCCCUUCUUGCUCAAUGCAGUGCGCUGGCUGGCCAGAGGCCAGACAGGCAAAGUUGGGGUGAACACAAAUCUAAAAGAUCUGUGUCCUCUCCUAUCGGAGCAUGGCCUGCAAUGCAGCCUGGAGCCCCAUCUGAACAGCUACUUGUGUGUCUACUGCUGCAAGGCGUACAGUGACAAGGAGGCUAAGCAGCUGCAGGAGUUUGUGGCUGAGGGUGGGGGGCUGCUGAUUGGGGGCCAGGCCUGGUGGUGGGCCUCCCAGAACCCUGGCCACUGCCCCUUGGCUGGCUUCCCUGGUAACAUCAUCCUCAACUGCUUUGGCCUCAGCAUCCUGCCUCAGACUCUCAAAGCAGGCUGCUUCCCCAUUCCCACCCCUGAGAUGAGAAGCUACCACUUCCGCAAGGCGCUCUCUGAAUUCCAGGCUAUACUGAACCACGAGAAUGGGAACUUGGAAAAGAGCUGUCUGGCAAAGUUGAGAGUUGAUGGUGCAGCCUUCCUACAGAUUCCUGCGGAAGGGGUCCCUGCUUACAUAUCCCUGCACAGGCUCCUGAGGAAGAUGCUACGAGGGUCUGGCCUCCCAGCUGUAAGCCGGGAAAAUCCAGUUGCCAGUGACUCCUAUGAGGCUGCCGUGCUCUCCCUGGCCACUGUGCUGGCUCACUCUGGAACUGACUGCUCCCAGCUGGCCCAGGGGCUUGGCACCUGGACCUGCUCCUCCAGUUUGUACCCCUCAAAACACCCCAUCACCGUGGAGAUCAACGGAAUCAACCCAGGCAACAAUGAUUGCUGGGUGAGUACCGGGCUCUACCUCCUGGAAGGACAAAAUGCAGAAGUCUCACUGUCUGAAGCUGCUGCCUCUGCUGGCCUGAGGGUACAGAUUGGCUGCCACACCGAUGACCUAACCAAGGCCAGGAAGCUAUCUCGAGCCCCCGUGGUGACUCACCAAUGCUGUAUGGACAGGACUGAACGGUCAGUCUCCUGCCUCUGGGGCGGCCUCCUCUACGUCAUCGUGCCCAAGGGCAGCCAACUAGGCCCUGUGUCUGUCACUAUCAGGGGAGCUGUGCCUGCCCCAUACUACAAGCUGGGUAAGACAUCGCUGGAGGAGUGGAAGAGGCAGAUGCAGGAGAACCUGGCUCCCUGGGGAGAGCUGGCCACGGACAACAUCAUCCUGACAGUGCCAACCACAAACCUCCAGGCCCUGAAGGACCCCGAGCCUGUGCUCCACCUCUGGGAUGAGAUGAUGCAGGCUGUGGCCAGGCUGGCGGCUGAGCCCUUCCCUUUCCACCAUCCCGAGAGGAUUGUGGCUGAUGUGCAGAUCUCAGCUGGCUGGAUGCAUUCAGGAUACCCCAUCAUGUGCCACCUGGAGUCUGUGAAGGAGAUCAUCAAUGAGACGGACAUGAGGAGCAGGGGUGUGUGGGGCCCCAUCCAUGAGCUGGGCCACAACCAACAGCGGCAUGGAUGGGAGUUCCCCCCACACACUACUGAGGCCACCUGCAACCUUUGGUCAGUCUACGUGCAUGAAACAGUCCUGGGGAUCCCCAGGGCUCAGGCCCACGAGGCUCUGAGCCCUCCAGAGCGAGAGAGGAGAAUCAAGGCCCACCUGGGAAAGGGAGCCCCCCUGUGUGACUGGAAUGUGUGGACAGCCCUGGAAACAUAUCUACAGCUCCAAGAGGCCUUCGGGUGGGAGCCAUUCACCCAGCUCUUUGCUGAGUACCAGACCCUCUCUCACCUCCCCAAAGACAACACUGGCAGGAUGAAUCUAUGGGUGAAGAAGUUCUCUGAAAAAGUGAAGAAGAAUCUGGUUCCCUUCUUUGAGGCCUGGGGCUGGCCUGUCCAGAAGGAGGUGGCUGACGGCCUGGCCUCCCUACCAGAGUGGCAGGAAAACCCCAUGCAAGUGUACCUCCGUGCCAGGGAGUAAAGGAUGCCCCACAAGGCGGGAGAGAAAAGGCAGGGUCACGCCGUCAACUCCACCAUGGGGCUUUGGCCAUGCGUGCUCAGUAUCUGGAGCCUGAAUCCCGCUUCCAAGCCUGACCACUAGAUGGUGGCCAAGGUCAUAAGAAAAAUGGAACCCCUUUCUGUAAAAGGUGCCUUGUGCUUCUUUUUAUUGUUUUUCUGCUUACACUAUUGCUUUCCCCAAGAGACUCACUUCACCUCUUAGUCUUCCAGAGAGGAUCUUUCAUCCUGCCAUCCUGAGGCUUUUAUUUUUGACCAAUAGCUCUAAAGACCACGGGUUCCCAUAACAACCUGAUAUCCCUUUCUCAUCCCUGCCAUCCCUGAACAAGGCUUCUAAUUUAUUAUGCUUUAAGAAGUUUUCAAAUAGCAAGGGAGACACACUGGAAUAGUGGAGAGAGCCCCAAACCAGCUUUGGUUCUAUGGAAAAUCACUCCACCUCUCUGUUUCUGUCUUCACAUCCAUGACAUCCAUGACAUGAGGAUACAAAUCUUUUCCUUGCAAAGCUGUUGUUUGAUUUCUCCUGGUCCCAUAGUGGACUGUUACGGUGUCUAGUCUAGCGUGCACAUCCUGGGUGCUGAAUCUCACUUCAGUGUUGACCCCCUUGGGGUUAGCAUUCAGUCCUUGUAUAUUUAGAGAAUGUCAAUGUUUUCCCAGACAUGGUAUCAAUAAUGGUAGUUGUCAGCAGUAUCCUAGCCCUUUCUACAUUUUUUCUCCCACUUCUGGAAGGAUUCUCGGGUAUAACCUAACCCAAAGAAAAAUGGCAUGUGCUCAAACUGAGUGUCACAGAGCUGUGGGGUUGGGUCUUUGGGAUUAGCUCCAUCUUCCAGGGUUUGCCCUUUGCCCUUCAACCAAAGGACAAAGUCAUGUUAACAGCUGCUACUAAGUCUAUAUGCCCAUUCGUUCAUACCACAAAACAGGCAUCUGACUCCUCUGGUCACCACGGAAUCAAGGCACUGUCAAGUGGUGGGGGGUCCACAGGCACAGUGGGCUUCACUCUGGAACAGGAUUACUGGGUGCAGCGGAUGUAAUCCUCACUUAAUCAACCCACACCCCAGCAUCCCCUGAGCUUUGUCUUAAUCUCAUUCUAGCCCAUCUUGACUCUUUGGUUAGAGGGAGUUCUCAUUGGAGAUUUGUCUCUGGGAUUAAUGAGUGUAUGCCUAGCUACUUUCUCCAGUUUACUUUUAGACCAUAUUGUUGUUUGUUUUGAAUACCAUUCCUUAGGCUUUGUUGAGAGUAGAGUGGCUUCCCAUUAGGAGAACUAAUUUAGGGCAUGUCUUUUGUUGAAUCCCGUCAGCAUAUUUAACAAAUUCCCAAUUCUAGAUAAUUUCCUUUUAUUUCUCUAGUACCCUUUGCCAGGGGCUUUACACAUCAAAGGUGUUCAUGAAGUAUUUGUCAAAGGAAAGAACAGUAAUGACACCUAACACAUAAUGAGUGAUUAGUAUGUUCCAGGCAUUGCGUGAGCUAUUUACUGUGAGUGAUUUAAUGUUAUCUUCCCAGCAGACCUCUGGGGUAGGUACUAGUAUGAUCCCCAUUUCGUACAUGAGGAAACUGACACUAAGGGACAUAAAAUAAGUUUUUUGAAGUCACAAAGUGAAUAAGAGGAAGAACCAGGGUUUAACUGAAGCCCAUAGCAAUGAAAACAUUGUGGAACUUAUUCUUCAUGAAUGGUUUACAAUUUAAACAAAAUGUCACCUAGAAAAUGGAUGAAAAUAUGUUCAACCAGGUCUGGAUUUUUCCAAUGUUUACUACUGAAUUUUCAUUCAAUAACAAGUUUAACUUCCAAAAGGUGUUGGUAUCUGAUUGUCUGCCUGCCUCAGAAUGUGAUUUGUCUGCCUUUGGGUAAUCCAGCCUUGGGUAGAGAAGGAAUUUGAACUCAGGAAAUUCAACUCCAGAACUGAUGUUCUUUUUUUUUUUUUUUCCUUUAAGUUCUGGGAUACAUGUGCAGAAUGUGCAGGUUUGUUACAUAGGUAUACAUGUGCCAUGGUGGUUUGCUACACCUAUCAAUCAAUCAUCUAGAUUUUAAGCUCUGCAUGCAUUAGAUAUUUGUCCUAAUGCUCUCCCUCCCAUUGCCCCCAACCUCCCGACAGGCCCCAGUGUGAUGUUUCCCUCCCUGUGUCCAUUUGUUCUCAUUUUUCAUCUCCCACUUAUGAGUGAGAACAUGUGUUGUUUGGUUUUCUGUUCCUGUGUUAGUUUGCUGAGAAUUAUGGCUUCCAGCUUCAUCCAUGUCCCUGCAAAGGACAUGAACUCAUUCUUUUUCAUGGCUGCAUAGUAUUCAAUGGUAUAUAUGCCAUAUUUUCUUUAUCCAGUCUAUCAUUGGUGGGCAUUUGGGUUGGUUCCAAGUCUUUGCUAUUGUAAAUAAUGCUGCAAUAAAAGUAUGUGUGCAUGUGUCUUUAUAGUA